AUGUUGAGCUGCCUGGUGCGCACGAAGUCCACCAUGGAGUCGACGAGGGCGUCCAUGCUGCCAGCGUACCGCCUGUACGCGGCCUUCUGUCGGGAGACCACGCUACACGGCGUCAAACAUACUGUCGAGCCAAGGGUCCACUACUGCGAAAGAAUCCUUUGGUUCGCUUUGACACUGAGCGCGUUCUUCGGUGCAGUUUAUUGCGGCAUCAGCCAAUGGUCCAGAUAUAACUCAGACCCCGUGGUGGUGGCGAUGCAGCGCGACUACCGGCGAUGGUGGAGCGCCUUCCCCGCCAUCACGGCAUGCUUUAUGGACCGCAUCGACCCAGAGAGGGCCAGGGGCGUUAUCGAGAACAACUGGAAUGUCACUGAAGAAUCCGACCCUGAGAGAUACGACUACUACCAGGGUUUCCUGGACCUGAUCACGGACGUGUCCUUCCGCACCAACCUGCAGAACUUCUGGAAGUACCAAAACGAUGAGUCGGUGAGGGGCAUUGACCUGAUGGAGCUGGCAAUGAGCGUUCAUCCUAUGAACAUGCUUAAAGUUGUAGUUUCCAGCGCUAAUGGUGAGAAUAUGUACUGGACUCCCGUGAUGACCGAGGUGGGGAUUUGUCUUGCGUUCAACUCGCUGUACGCCAAAUAUCAGUACAUCGAGGAGGAUGAUUUGUGGAAGUCGCCACACUUACAGCAAUUCCACUAUCUCAGCGGGCAGUGCUACAUCAGAGUCAUAUCGCUGAGUAAAUCAGUUAGGUACUUCAUCCACUCUCCGUACGAGAUACCGACUGCGAUUUCAAACCCUACCGGAGAAGUGUCACCAGGCGAUGAACUCGUCAUAGACUUCAAGGAGGUGGAAAUUCUAGCGUCCGAGGCCCUACGACAACUAAGACCAGAUCAGCGACGCUGCCGCUAUUCAGACGAAUGGAUCAGCAAUUCAAUCCGGGCUUACAGUUUCGGUCUGUGUCAAAUGCACUGCCGCAACCGGAUGGCACUGAUGUUCUGCGGCUGCCGGCCCUACUUCUACGCCAAAGGAGGGGGGGGGGGGGCAUGCCCCCCCCUGGGCUGGGUCCAUCUGUACCCACUUCACAAUCUGUACUUCCAAUCUGUACCCACACUGGAUCCGCCCUUGCUCGAGCCUCUCCCUGCUUUGGAAGGCACGUUAAGCCGUUUGAUCCCGGCUGCAUCAGCAGUUGUAAUCACCCAUCAAUCAACACUGAACCCGCGUGGUGCGGCAUGCUUGACCCUAUACAAAUUGUGCAAAAGCACCUUUAAAGUGGCUAAAGUGUCAGCUUGGCUACUGUAUCAAGUGAUCCAUUGCCAGAGCCGAUUUUAGAGGUGUUGAGGCUCUGGAGCAACGAAGGAGUUGAAUUUGGGCGUGUUAGAUUUUA